GCCUCUCUUAAUAGAUUUUCGAUUAUUUUAGUUGUUUCUCUGGCAGCUAUUCUUGCUCUAGUACAUACAAGCGAAGCAACUUGUGCAAACAAGGCUGUCUAUGAUUCUUGCAGUAAUACGGGAAAUUCCCAACUAAACGCCUGUUAUGCCAAACCUAAUGACUUUAUUUGCCAGUGUACCGCUAUGAAAGCCAUUCGUGAAUGCUAUCGUCAAUGCCCAGAUGAUCGAGACGUUACUGAUCAAGGAAAUGCCUAUGAG